GUGUUAGCGUGAGUUCUGGCGGUUUGUUGUGUUCGUGUGUUGUGACGUGAUCGCGUCAUCCGGGUAUUUCCGCUCUCAGUGCGGGAGGCGCGCGGAAGGAAAGCGUCGUCGCAGGGUGUCGCGGGUUCUUCGCUACGCCGGAAACGACAGAGAGCAACCCGAGCUGCAGUGACGCGCGACAUGGACGGACUGUUUCACCAGUGGGGGCCGUCCCCGGUGUCCCAAGGCCCUCCGUACGUGGAGAUAAUCGAGCAGCCGAAAGCACGAGGGAUGCGUUUCCGCUAUAAAUGCGAGGGUCGAUCGGCCGGCAGCAUCCCAGGAGAGAAGAGCAACGAGUCCACAAAAACACACCCCGCCAUCAAGGUUCACAACUACAGUGGUCCGCUGAGAGUGCGCAUCUCCUUGGUAACCAAGAACCAGCCGUACAAGCCACACCCACACGAGCUGGUGGGCAAAGACUGCAAACACGGGUAUUAUGAGGCCGACUUACAGGAGCGACGGAUACACAGUUUCCAGAACCUGGGUAUUCAGUGCGUGAAGAAGAAGGAUGUGGGAGAUGCAGUUUCCUGUCGCCUGCAGACACAGAACAACCCCUUCAAUAUCCCGGAGCCCAGGAUCUGGGAGGAGGAGUACGAUCUGAACGCGGUGCGCCUGUGCUUCCAGGUGUCCAUCACACUGCCCAGCGGAGAGCUGUUCCCUCUGGAGCCCGUCGUGUCUCAGCCCAUCUAUGAUAACCGAGCUCCUAACACAGCCGAGCUCAAGAUCUGCCGCGUCAACAGAAACUCCGGCAGCUGCCGCGGAGGAGACGAGAUCUUCCUGCUGUGCGACAAAGUGCAGAAAGAGGACAUCGAGGUGCGUUUCUUCCAGGACUCGUGGGAGAGCAAGGGCUCGUUCUCUCAGGCUGAUGUUCACCGGCAGGUGGCUAUCGUGUUGCGCACGCCUCCGUACCGCGACGCUAACCUGACGGAGCCGGUGCGUGUGAAGAUGCAGCUGCGCAGGCCGUCUGACCGCGAGCUCAGCGAGCCGCUGGACUUCCAGUACCUGCCCGCAGACCCGGAUGAGCACAGGCUGAUGGAGAAGCGCAAGAGAACAGAGGGCAUGCUGCAGAACCUCAAACUGAGCAGCAUCAUCGCAGGAUCCUCCAUGCCUGCAGACCGACGGCCGUUUAGUACCGCUAAACGAACCCUAGGCAUCUCUAAACCCACAGCCGCCUGCAGCCUCCCAGCAGCGGCGUCUGCAGGUGUGUCGCUGAAGCCGCAGCCGUCCUCGUUCUUCGCUCCGGGUCAGCUGUUCGCCGCGUCCGCUCAGAGUUCACCGAGCUGCACCAGCGACACCUGGAAGUUCCUCCAGAGUCUGACGGGAGACUCUCAGCCCAAAGCUGCGGCGAGCGCCUUCACGCAGGACUUCCCCACCGUCAACCUUUCCGACCUGCACGACUUCAACAGCUUCAUGGCAUCGGAUCAGACGAGCGCCGAGCCCGCCGCGGAGCCCAUCCAGAGCGCCGCCGACGACGAGCUCCCCGAGUUUCCCAGCUUCUCGGAAGUGCAAGGCUCCGACGUCGACAACAUCAACAUCGAGGAUUUCCAAGCGCUGCUGGUUCAGAGCGGGCUUCCCGGGGAAGUGGGACUCUCGCUGGGGAAGCCGGGAAGCUCUACGGAGCCGGCGGCUGAUCACGCGGGGAACGGCUCCACGUGGAUGUCCUUCCCACCCAGCAUCGCCAGCCUCAUACAGAACGAGAGCAUGAUGGAGAGCGCGGCUCCUCCGGCUCCGGCCCCCGGCGUCCUCGACGACCUGGAGGUGCUCAACUCCAUCGACGACGACCGCUUCAUGUCCAUCUUCACCAGCGGCCACCAGGUCGGAUUCCUGUCUGGACACCCCACCUAAAACACUCAAGAAGAUCCUGGAGCAUAAACGCAUCUUCAAACCCCAUAUAUAUAUAUAUAUAUAUAUACACACACACGAGAUUAAUUCAGAUUUAAUGGCUUUAGCAGGUGGCGGUUUUCCUCAGAUGUGUAUCUUGUGUACUGUGUUUAUCUCGUCUCAUAUCUUGAAGAGGUUCACCAGCUAAACCAGAUUUCAGACCAGUAAACACACAGUGCCUUAUUGAGCGGCUCAGCCAAUCACUGCGCAGAAUCCACAGCCUCAUCGACCAAUGACUGUUGAGAACACCGAACUCUAGUUCUUGUAGGGCCCUGUGAUUCCUGAAAUAUAUUACACAUAUUAUACAGUCGAAUGUGCUUCUCAAUAUUAAUAAUACAGUACACUUAAAGGAAUAUUGCAGUUAUUAUAUUUUGUAAAUGGUAAACCUCUGUCGUGCAGCCAGGAAAAUGUAAGGAAUUGCUAAAUUUUCAUUUGAUAAUCUAAUUAAUCUUUUAAUCAAAUGAAGGGAUACAACUUUAACGGCUUAGUGAGUGUUUAAAAAUGUAAAUGAAAUCGUAUAAAAAUCUGAAAAAUUAAAAGACAACAGAUUUCCUGAAAACGAUAUAACAUUUCAUAAGGCCACUAUUGUUGAAAUGUUAAUACAUUAAGAUGUUUUAUGAAUUCAAUUAGACAUGUUUCUGAUUAUAACAUUUUA